AGCUGCUGGACUAUUCCAAUCCCUGUCGGAGAGAAAACACGGGGACCGUCAGUCCUUCUCUCUCCUUUCUCCCUCCCCGUUUACCUCAUUGUGCUUUCUUUUAUUUCAUCCUGUUUCUGUCUCACUCUUUUCCUCAGUGGAUAACUUUUCCUUUUCCCCCCUUUCCAACCUCCUACCUGCUCCGAUUACAGGUUUUUUAGAAGCUCUAUCGCUAUAGCUAUAUUUAUUUAUUUAUUAUUUUUAAAGAAAGGAUAAAAUAUAUAUUUAGAUGAUCCACAAAUGAGAAGACGUAAAAGAUGGAGUUGCAUAUUUUAGAACACAGCUUGAAAGUAGCGAGUAUAGCAAAAGAAGGCAUCCAGAUUUGCACUCACGGAUUAAUCAAACUCGCCUUCUUGCCAUCCAAAACAAGGUGUAAAUUCUUCAGUCUGACGGAGACCCCGGAGGACUACACCAUCAUUGUCGAUGAAGAAGGCUUCAAAGAGCUGCCCGAGUCUGAACACCUCAGUGUUGCCGAGGCGACAUGGCUGGCCCUCAACGUGGUCUCUGGGGGCGGGAGUUCCUCCAGCUCUCAGCCAAUUGGGGUCACCAAAAUCGCCAAGUCGGUGAUCGCCCCUUUGGCAGACCACAACAUCUCUGUAUUCAUGCUGUCCACCUACCAGACUGACUUCAUACUGGUUCGAGAGAGGGACCUGCCCAUGGUCAUGCACACGCUCUCCUCGGAGUUUACACUUCUGCGGGUGGUCAACGGAGAAACGGUUGCGGCCAACAGCCUGGGGGUCACCAACGGUUUUGUCAAGCCAAAAAUGGUCCAGCGUCCCAUCAUCCACCCCCUCUCCAGCCCCAGCAACAUGUUCUGCGUGACCAGCCUGGACCCCGAUACCCUGCCGUCUGUGGCUACCCUGCUCAUGGACGUCAUGUUUUACUCCAGCGGGGUGAAGGAGCCAGGGGGCGCCAGCGAGGACUCCGGGCUGAUCCGUUUCUUCUCCUUCUCCCUGAUUGAGGGCUAUAUCUCCUUGGUCAUGGAUGAGCAGACUACCCGAAGGUUCCCCAACAACGUCCUCUUCACCAGCGCUUCAGGGGAGCUUUGGAAGAUGGUUCGCAUCGGAGGGCAGCCGUUGGGAUUCGAUGAGUGCGGUAUCGUGGCUCAGAUUUCGGAACCACUGGCCACUGCUGACAUUCCAGCAUAUUACAUCAGUACCUUCAAGUUUGACCACGCCCUGGUCCCAGAAGAGAAUAUCCAGAGCGUGAUUGGAGCCUUGAGGACCAAUGAGAGCACAGGACAGUGAAGGGCAGAAAUGUGGGAUGGGAGUCUCGCGUCCUUGCUGACACAUUGAUUUAUCUACCGAUAAUGUCAAACUCUUAAAGUGCCAAGAGCUUACCAGUGGACUGCUGAG